AUGGCUGCCGAUAUGCAAUGGGGUGUGACACCUCCCAUAUCGCUGGCCAUGCCUAACGAGUCCGAGAAACGCUCCAACGACUCUUUGUUCACGGAACUCAAGGCCCAGAACACCUAUGAGCACGCGACAGAGACCCAGAAGAGGGAGAAUGUCCUCAAAUCCCUCCAGAGUAUCGCCGACGUCUUCAUCAGGAAGGUCGCCGAGACGAAGUUCUCAGAGAACCCGGCCAUCCAGAAGUCAGCGCGCGGCCGCAUCUUCACUUACGGCAGCUACCGACUGGGUGUCUUCGGCCCAGGCUCCGACAUCGAUACCCUCGUCGUCGGCCCGAAAUACGUUACACGAGAGCACUUCUUCGAACUGUUCCCCGGCCUGCUCAACGAGAUGACGCCCCCGGGCGCCAUCACCGACCUGACCGCCGUCACCGAUGCCUUCGUCCCCAUCAUCAAGUUCGAGUACUCUGGCAUCAGUAUAGAUCUGAUCUUUUCACGCAUCGCCACCCUGACCGAGAUCCCUCCCCAGUCCAGCGGCUGGGACCUGCUCGACAACAACCUGCUGCGCGGCCUCGACGAUGCCGAGCUUCGGUCCUUGAACGGUACGAGAGUCACAGACGACAUACUGAAGCUGGUUCCCGAGCCGACAUCGUUCCGUCUGGCGCUGCGGGCGAUCAAGCUGUGGGCCCAGAAGCGGGCCAUCUACGCCAACAUCAUGGGCUUCCCAGGAGGUGUGGCUUGGGCGAUGCUGGUGGCGCGCGUCUGUCAGCUGUACCCCAAGGCCAACGGCGCGGUGAUUGUCAACAAGUUCUUCCACAUCAUACGGCGCUGGCCCUGGCCGCAGCCAGUCCUGCUGAAGCAGGUGGAGGAGGGUCCCCUACAGGUUCGGGUGUGGAAUCCCAAGAUCUACAAGGGCGACGGUUAUCAUCUGAUGCCCAUCAUCACUCCCGCCUAUCCCUCCAUGUGCGCGACCUUCAACAUUACUCACUCCAGCAAGUCAGUCAUCCAGAAGGAGUUGGACCAUUUCGCGGGUGUAGUGGAUCAGAUAAUGUUAGGCAAGCAGCCGUGGAAAACUCUCUUCGUCAAGCACUCCUUCUUCACGCAGGAUUACAAAUACUACAUCAUAGUCAAUGCUGCGAGCACGACUAAAGAAAACAGCAAGAUAUGGGGCGGCUUCGUGGAGUCCAAGAUCCGUCUCCUGGUACAGAGCCUCGAACGACACCCGUCCAUCCAGCUGGCCCGGCCGUUCAACAAGGGCUACGAACGGAAGCACAAGUGCACACGCGCGCUUGAUGAGUGGAACAAGAUCCUCGAUGGGAGUCUAGACCAUGUUGUAAAGGGCGAAGAGGAAGCUGACGCAGUCAAGACAGAGCCAGCCAACGGCACAAUGAAGGCAGAGCCGACCUCACCAGCACAGGUGAAGACAGAAGGCGCUGACGGUGAUGACACCAAAGAGCUCGAUGCCAAAGAUACCGACGUCAAGAUGGACGAAGACGAGGAUGCCCCCAAGGGGGUUUUUACAUCCACUCACUAUAUUGGCCUCGAGCUGCGGGAAGGCGCGAAAUCCCUCGACCUAUCCUACGAAGUCAACGAGUUUAAGAGUAUCUGUUUUGCCUGGGAGAAGUAUGAGAAGGAGCUGCAGGAUUCAUGUGCCGUCAGCGUCCAGCACGUGCGAAACUGGAGUCUUCCCGAUGACGUUUUCGAGACCGGCGAGGUGAAACCCACAAGACCUUUGAAGAGAAAGGCAGCAGAUGGCACCAACGGAGCGAAGAAGCGGAAAGCGCCCACCGAAGUAUGUCGCGAUACAAAGAAGUCGUCGUCACCGAAAGAUGCCCCAUGAAAGGGGCCUUGGAGGGGAAAGAUGAAUGGUACGGUGGCAGACACAGCCCGUCUCCCUGACUAACCUCUCAGUAGGACGUCAAAGACUCUGCGAAACGACAGCAGACAACCACAGUCAACGCUGGCUGAAAGGCUUGACUCUUCAUCCUCGUUGCCCCAGGGACACACCGUUCUUGACUGCGCUGAUUAUACUAGCGCAGGGAAAGACAUCGUACUGAUACCACAGAAAGCCUGCUCCACUAUUCCCUAAUGGGAUUGCAUUGCCGGCCGACAAUAUCGUGCCAUGAUCAUCAUCUUUGUAUAGAUCUAAAAGGGUUCGGAAGCUACGGCAUAGAGACAGAAAACUCCAGCAUUCGGAGGCUUAAAAACCUGAGCAUCAUAAAGGCGCCCGUAACGGCCAAGGUACCAUGGUCAUUGGUCCGCUGGGCUUGGGCGUCACGGGAGGGAGCAAGAAGACAACAACAGCAUACACUAGGGGUGGACAGAACCGUUACAGGCGUGCACAACCUCUUGUGCAUGCACUGUUCAUUAUGCCAGCUGUGUAUCUAGAUUUAAUCAUUAGACUGGUCAACAGCCUGAAUAGAAUUCACCUUUUAGAGGUAUACGUGCCUCGCUGAACUC